CUCUCCCCCUUUCUGACAAUAACACCCCCAAAUUCCUCUUAUACACCUGAGUUUCAUUGUCUUCUCUUCUUUAAUCACCAGGGUAUGUUCAAGUUGACCUCUAUGGAGAACAGCACAGAAAUAACAGCGUUCAUCCUUUUGGGAUUAACAGAUGACCCCAGUCUUCAGGUUCCCCUCCUCCUGGUAUUUUUGCUCAUCUACAUCAUCACUCUGGUCGGGAAUGGAGGGAUGAUGGUGAUCAUCCACUCAGACUCCCGCCUCCACACUCCGAUGUACUUCUUCCUCAGCAACCUGUCCUUUGUAGACCUGGGUUACUCAUCAGCCGUAGCUCCUAAGGUGGUGGCUGCGUUGCAGUCAGGGAACAAAGCCAUCUCCUACAAUGGAUGUGCUGCCCAGUUAUUUUUCUUUGUGGGUUUUGCCACUGUCGAGUCCUACCUCCUGGCCUCCAUGGCCUAUGACCGCCAUGCAGCCAUCUGUCGGCCUCUUCACUAUACCAGCACCAUGACCACUGGUGUGUGCGCCCUCCUGACAAGUGGCUCCUACGUCUGUGGCUUCCUCAAUGCUUCCAUCCACACGGCAGACACCUUCAGACUCCCCUUCUGUGAUUCUAAUGAGAUUAAUCACUUUUUCUGUGACAUACCCCCACUCCUGGCUCUCUCGUGCUCCCACGAGCACAUCAGCGAAUUGAUUGUCUUCUGUGUCGUCGGCUUCAAUGUUUUUUUCACCCUCUUGGUCAUCCUCAUCUCUUACCUCUUCAUAUCCAUGACCAUUCAAAGGAUUCGUUCUGCUGAAGGACGGAAGAAAGCCUUCUCUACGUGCGGGUCCCAUCUCACGGCGGUGUCCAUUUUCUACGGCUCAGUCAUCUUCAUGUACUUACAGCCCGGCUCCAGCCAGUCUGUGGACAUGGGCAAAACAGCCUCUGUGUUCUACACGGUGGUGAUUCCCAUGCUGAACCCCUUCAUCUACAGCCUUAGAAACAGAGAAGUGAAAAAUGCUCUCUGGAAAAUACUCAACAAACUUUAUCCCCAAUCUGUAGGAGUGAGAAGGAAGUAG